AACCACAGCAGCGCGCUCAACAUGGUGUGUUGUUUGAUUCAUGGACGCCCGUGCUGAAGCAGCUGCUGAGCGGCCCCGGUGUCUCCUGCUGCCGCUGCUGCUGAUGAUGAUCCGCGGCACAUGCUCAGUUAUGUACACCCAGACAACUUUGAAGGCUUAGCUGUGGCUGCUGAGGUCAUUGCACUGGGAGAAAAAAAAACACACCGACUCCCUCUACAACACCGCCUCCAUUUUGAAUAGCCAUGUAAUAGGGGAUUCGCAUAGUUUGUGUGUAUCGCCCACUGCGCUGCGUAGUGUCAACAAGGCACAUCCAAACAUCCUUCGACAUGGACGACCUGUUCAGUCCGCGGAGGUAACUUCAUUAACUUAUUCUUUUUGUUAUGUAUAUUUUUAGUUACGCUUUAUUAAACGUGUCGAUGAGUGGUUUUGUCGCGUUACUUUGAAAGCCGUUUGUUUGAAAUAGCCGGAGUGUCAGUGGUCACGAAGUUCGUGUCUGGCUAACAAGCUAGCCAAAUAACAGCGUAAUGUUAUAGUCUCGUUAGCAGCUAGCUGUUUUUCCCACUGUGGUUUUAGUGCAGAUAUUCUGCUCGAUAAUGUCAGCAAAGGAGAUUAAACGAGUGCAUCGGUGGCAUACAUGCUUAAUAAAUCUGAUGUUAUUCCCUGUGGGCUUGGCGUGCAUUGACACGGAUCAUUAUGAGCUUAUAUGAAUGUCAGCGACAUGUUGUGCAUGCUAAUAUUUAUAUUUAAUAUGUUCAUUGCACACUUUAGCUCACAGUUAGCAGGGUCAGGCAAAUACAUUAUCAACCUGUUAAGAGCCUGUUAAGUAGCACACACUGUUCUUGUAAUGGUGACCGUAAAAAUUAGCAGCUCGUGUUAUGAUUGAUUGACAGUCUUUAGCGGUAGCAAGCGUCGGAUUUCAUUCAUGUAAUAUAAGGAAACGUCGCAGGUCACAGCUUACAUUGGCUCAUAGUGAUGGAGGGGCGGGUUGUUUUUCCUACAGCUGAAAUCACCGAGCAGAGGGAGGGAAGCAGCUCCGACAACAGCCAAGUUAUUAUACACGUAUUGAUCACACGUCUGUGUGCAAGCUGUGCAGCGUUAAGUACCCGAUAAUUUACAUUUACCACACAGCACUCUGCAUUACGGUGUCAACACCAUUUUGAUUUUCUUUACACUUAAACGCUUAUUCAGACCAGACGAUGGAAUAAACAUGCACAUUAUGAACAAUGAGUGUUUUAUUUCUUAUUGUUUUAUGUAUUUCAGGAGCCUGAACAGCACACAGGGAGAGAUCAGAGUUGGACCAAGCCAUCAGGUAGACCCUGCUGCUACUCAACAUUAUAUUAGAGAUGUAACGUGAAAAUUUAACAUGAUUAUUGUGACUAAGAUUAUCACGGUUAUCAAUAUUAUCACGGUAUUGUUGUGAAGUUGUGAGUUUUAUUUUGUAAAAACAAUCACACAGAAUGAACUUUUCCUGAACCUUAAAUAACAGAGGAACGAUAUCCUUACAAAUUAAAGAUGGGGCCUGAAAAGAGCCAGAGGUAAUCAACACUAGUACUAGUAAUAACAAAGUACAAAGUAAUGUACCAGUGGCAUAAACAUUAACAUAACAACAAAUAAAUAAAAUUUAAAUAAAAUGACAUUCCUUAUUGUGCAAAUUGUAAAAAUCUUCAGUGCUCAAAAAGAUCUACUCUUACAAAUAUAAAACCGAGCAACACUACUAUAUGAAACAAUACAACCACAUGUAAACAAAUGUGUAGUGCAGGUAUUUAAAAUAACAUCAAAUAUGUAAACAAAUCAAAUGAACCAUGCCGAUUGUCCGUUCUCUCCACCAAAGGUGCUGCUGCUGACUUUGUUCACUACUUAAGAUUGAAAUGUAAAAAUGUCAGCAGAUUUACUUUAUCUGGUUUGUGAUGUGCGAGGGGAAACGAUGUGCCCGCUGGCACUGAAUAGCCUCUCGGAUGGCACUCUGGUUGCUGGGAUGCACAAAAGCUUCCUGGCAACCCUCACAACCCUUUGUAGAAGCCGAAAUAAACCCAGACUUCAGACUUUGUUUUCUUUGACAGCGGAAAAAUCUCUGCAGAACUACCUGCAAAACUGCCCUCCGCCAUGUUUACAAGUUGUAUACCGCGCAAUGCGCAUGUGCGCUGCACACCUGUGUAUGAAGGAUUGUUCUUCUCAGCACUGAGCAGUCAGAGUGCGGCAAUCAAACACGGUUUUAGCGGUAAUUAAAAUUUGAAACGGUAGUACUAACCAUCAGAUAUUUUACAGCGGUUUAUCAUUUUACUGGUAAUCGUUACAUCCCUACAUUAUAUACAUUUCACUAUCAACACAUGACAUGGAGUAUUUCCUUGUUAGUUAAUAAAUCAAGAUUUUUUUACUUGUUUACCCUCAUUUUGAGAUCAGACCGGUCUGUUUGGUGUACUUUGUUCUUUGCCUGUCAUACUGUAUUUAUACAGUAAGCUAUAAUAUUUGCAUGUUAUUCAAAUUGUUUGCAGGUUUUUCACAGGCUGCAUUCUUAAAACUUGAUAUUGAUAUCAAAAGGCACCACAACAGACCAACAACUCAAUCAGUGUGAUCAAGGCAAAAGAGUUUUAUCCUUCUAUUUCUUCAGAUAAGUGUUUGGAAGUUAAAGAACUAUUUCAAUGUGAUUGAUUGUUUCUUCAAAGGGUUUUUGAAAACUUUGUCUUCCCACAUGGUUGAAUUGCAUCUUAAUAUACCUAAAUCUGAGCAGGUCGUUCAGUUUCUGUUCUUUAAGUCGCUUUUAAUGUGUUUGCUGUUCUCGUCAUCACUUUGGUGUCUUUGCAGGCCAAACUCCCAGAGCUACAGCCACGGCCUGCUCCAGGUUUACAGCCUCAGACAGAGAAUGAGGAGCUGAUGUGGACGCCCGGGGUCAAUGACUGUGACCUUCUCAUGUACCUCAGAGCUGCCAGGUCAGUGUUCACACCACACUGCAGAAAAUCAGUGUUGAUCAGAUGAUCUUGGCCAGUCUUGAAUCAGGUGCAGUAAGUCUCAAAACACUCAGAAAAGUAAACUAUUGAUUUACAUACAGCGAUGUACUUAUAGAUCAACUACAUAAAGAGAAGACACUGAGAACUAAAUUAAACUACCGAUCUUUUACAUUCACGAUUCAACAUAAGAGUCCACAUUCACUACACUGAUGAAACUGAAAGGAAGGAACUUGAUUCUUUAAACAAAUAUACCACACUAAAGGUAAAUGCAAAAUCAGUAUUUACUAUAAAUCUUGAGGGGCUUUAGUCUAAUAGGAAUAAAAAAAAACAUACUUGUGUUUUAGGGUUUUGCUCUUUCAUUUGAUAUUGUGCAGUUGUACAUUGCACAGCUUCUCGGUCACUUAAUAUGUAGAGUAUUUUGCUUUGAAGGGACAAGUGUUGUGUUUGCUCUCUCCAGCAGCCUGGUUAUUGUUUACUCUCUUUAUUUACUGAAUAAUUUCAACGCUGAGCUAAUCAAACAGGCAGUGUUAACAUUUGCAAAUAGAUAACUGUAACAUCACAAAUUUUCCGCAGUAUAAUCUUCACUUGAUAACAGAAUCAUGUGUAUUGUUUUGCUCAAGGAGCAUGGCGGCGUUUGCAGGGAUGUGCGACGGAGGAUCAACAGAGGACGGAUGUUUAGCAGCCUCACGUGACGACACCACGCUCAACGCACUUAACAUGGUGUGAAACUCAGCCCAAACCUGACCCAAACCCAAAAAUGCAUGCAUACAAAUUUGACAUGUCCUUAAUCAUACAUGUAUCUCUCUGUUUUAGCUUCAUGCGAGCCAUUAUGAUGCAGCUAAAGCUCUUCAGCGACUAGUCAAGAAGCCUCUGCCGAAGCUGAUUGAGAAAUGCUGGUCUGAGGAUGACGUGGUAAGACGUUUAGAGUCCCCUUCAAAGCUCUGUGCUCAAAAAUUUUAAAGUAAUUAAAAGAUCACAUAACUUUUUGCUGCAUCACAUAUAGUUCUUGAAACUGCAGCUUCAUCAGUGUCUUAGAUACUACUCCACAGAUGAAAGUUUAAUACUUCGUUCUUUAUGCUCGUAUGCCAAAUCAAUUUAUGAUUUAGAACAGCUGAUUACAUUCAAAUCAUGUAUUUAUGAUUAUUUUUGAAUAGAAAAAACAAAUGAUCCAUUUUUAUCUCCUAUCAAGAAUGGUCGGUGAUUGAAGCCCUUCUGUUUGAUUUUGUCAUUUUGAGCCCAUUUAUUAGACAUAAAUCCACUAUGGACUUAUAUCUAAUUCUACUAUAUUGCUGCUUGAAAGCCUGAGAUUACAGCCACCCAGUAUCUUUUUCUACCUUCAUAUACCGACAUCAUUUUCUGCAAAUGAUGAAAUCCUCAAAAUUAACACCAAGGAACAUUGUUUUUAAAGUGAUUAACUGUUUGUUCAAGCAGUCUCUCUCAUAGAGGUAAACCUAGUCCCAUCUUUACUUCUGAAAGACUCUCUUUCUGGUAUGUCACGUUUAGAUGUUCCUCCAGGUGUUACUUUUAUCAAUACACAACUUUUUCAAUGAUACAUUGUCCCUACUAAAUAAUAGUUAUGAUAUAAGCCUAAAACAAUUAUGUUUUUUAAGAUAUUUAAUGUAGUUAACCGCCCUCCCUCUUUUUCUUCCCCACAGAAACGCUUCAUCAAAGGCCUGAGACAGUAUGGAAAGAAUUUCUUCCGCAUUCGGAAGGACUUUCUGCCCAGCAAGAAGACUGUAAUUCACACUUUCUUCUCAUACAGAAAAAUUAGCAAUGCAUGCAUCAAUUCUAGAUGCUUAUUUGUGAUUUGACACAUCACUUGGAUUGUUCCUCACCUCUCGUGUUGUCACCUCAGGGAGAGCUGAUCACUUUCUACUACCACUGGAAGAAAACUCCCGAAGCUGCAGGGACAAGAGCUUAUCGGCAGCAGCGCCGGCAGCCGUCUUCACGCAAAGCAAAGACUCGCUCUGCAGCAGCUCCUGUCAGCACUCCUUCAAGAAAUUACUCAGGUGAACACCUACUGCAGAAAUGUUUUGUCAUUUUGUGUCCCCAUUUACCACCACAAGACUUUCUCAUAGUUGUGAGCUAAAUUAAUGUCAAAUCAAUGAAUCUUUUCCUUGCAGUUGAUGCGAGUUCUGCCAGUGAGGAGGAUCUUGACAGUGAAGACAGUGAACAGGAAAUCAAAAGCUGCAGCCACUGUGGUACAACAAGUGAGUAAAACUCUCAUAUUGUGAUGAAACAUGUUGAGCAGCAUUUUCCCUGUUUCUUUGUAAAUCCUUUAAAAAAAAUACAUCCUGCCUUAACAGCCUCUAAGGAUUGGCACCAAGGAGGAAGAGACAACCCUUUGCUCUGCACGAGUUGUCGCACCUAUGAAAACAAACAUGGCUGUCUGCCGUCUGCUCCAAAGUCUGGAGGAGCUUCAUUCAUGUUUAAACCUGUGAAAGAGGAAGAGGAGGUGAACAGCAAGCAUGGCAUGAGGACACGGCGGAGCAGAGCACCUGUAAGCCUGAGGCUGUCAUAAUUUAUAUCAGUGAUGCACACCUACAAGAAGUGAUGUGGUAGUUUUAGCUGUCGAAACGUGACAACAUAAUACAGAAGGAGUCAGGUUUUACAAGAUUACAAAUGUUGUUUUACCUCUCAGGUCUGAAGUAUCUAGAGCAUUUAGGGAAAACAAAUCCAUCCUGUAUGUGUUUUAAUGACAUCAACUAUUUUAUCUGCUCAUAAAGCAGGUCUCCUCUCUGAGAAGUGGCCACAGGAGGCUCACAGGCUCCCCCACCAGUGAGGAUCCACAAACCGGCAGUCAGCCUGCUUUGAGUGGAGCGACAUCUUCAAGAUCCUCCGCAGCAGAAAACAAGAAUGAGUCCAACAGGAAGACCAACAAGGUAAAAAAACCAUUCACGCAUUUUAUACUCUGUAGAAGCCAGUCAACAAGUCACAGUCUGUUUUUGGAAGUCUCUCAGAGAGGGGAAAAGUUUCUGUUGCUAAUUAUUAGUUAAAGGGAUAUUCCGGAGUAAAAUUAAGUCAUGGUCAAACACACCGUAACACUGAGCUAGACACCCCCUCAAGAGAUGAAUGUUGCUGACUGCUUAUAUCUCUAGUUAUACCAACCUUAGUAACGACCGCACAAUAGCAAUACACAGCGGUCUAUGGACCCACGUGCAAAUCUCAACCAAAACGUCACUCUAUAGCCACAAAUAAUGCUCAGAACAGCACCUAACUUCAUCAACAGUACAUACAGGGUCCCAGCCACAGAACCAGCCACCAAACAUCUUUUUAGCUUGGCAGGACUAAAGAUAAUUCACCUACCCUCUUCCAGCAGCUGCUUGUUUGUAGGGAGAGCUUGAACGAGUCCAUCACUGACUGCAGCGGGGUUACACAGCUCAAGGAACAACAUUUAUAACCAUUACUUUGUCACUUCCUUGAAGUAAUAAUCAUCAUAAUAAUCAUUUUGCUCUGCAGAUGCAGUAGUUCUUCUGCCUUAGCGUCUUGGUCUGAUUGCAUUUCCAUAAAGUAAUAAAUAUCCCUAUCCGGACUAUCCCUUUAAGAUUGAAACAAAAUGUUUUAGCACUCAUUUGAUUUUGCUUCAUUUAAGCCUCAUUUAAAUCACAAGCGUCUUUGCUUUCCUACUUGGGGGGUGGGGGCGUGAAAUAUUUGAAGCAAAAAAAAAAAACAAAAAAAAAAUUCUGUUUCACAAAGUCCAAAACAAUCCAAACUAAUUUUUCAAUUAACUUUUGCAAAACAAAACAAACAAACAAAAUUAAAGCCAAAAAAAAAAAAAAAAGAAAUUCCCAAGAGACUUCAGCUGUUGGACAUUUCCCGGUCAGUCAGAGAGAUCCACAUAACCUGCGCACGGUUAUAGUAUAAUAUAAAAUCUGCCUUUGUAGAAUAGUGCGACUCUGAGUUCCAGCGAGGAAACUUGACUGGAAAGUGGCUGAAAUGAGCUCGUUUCAUGUGCUGCCACAAAAACUGCUGCAACUAGACUGAUCUCAACAUCAAGAAUACUCUUAUUACAGUGUGUGUGUACAGUUUGAUGAAAUACAUGCAGUUUUUUGGCAGAGAGCACCACAAUUAAUUUACUGUGAUAGAGAUUUUGACAAUGUGAUGGACAAAAGGAUGAGAUUUUGAGAUAUCUUUGUAUCAUUUUUAUGUGCAGCUGGAGAUAAUUGCUUGUAGGAUAUCUGAGUUUUCUAUUUCAUUUCAUCUGGCCUGUCUGUAAAUCACACCACUUUGUAAAUGUCCGCAGAAAAUAAAAGAAGAGGUUACAUCACCAAAGACGACUAAAAGAGUCAGGGAGAGUCCUGCCCAGGAGCCUGACGAGCCCGAAAAGGUUUCGAAUAAGAGGCUGAAGACACAGGUGAGAUAAAUACUUCUCCACAGAUGACACUCAUGAUUUUUAGUGCCUCAGAGGGACCCCUGCAGUGGGUUUGGAGCGCAGCUAACUUGGUUCACUGUUAGCUCAAGACUUGAAGGUGUAAAUGUGGAACAUUUUUUUCGUCAGGAUCCACAGGGCUCCCGCUCAGAGGGAGAAGCUGAAGUGGAGGAGGAAAGCUCUUCUGAAAGCCGCAGUGCUCAGGAUGAUGGCAGCAGUGACACCAAAGACAUUGAUCAGGAUAACCGCAGCUCCUCUCCCAGUAUUCCCAGUCCUCAGCAAGGCAACGAGAGCGACUCUGACUCCUCUGCCCAGCCCACCGGCAUCCUAUCAGAGCCUGCUGUUCCCGCCCCUGUGCUGGCUGACACACCAGCCCCGCAGACCCUCGCCUCUCAGGUCCCUCUCAUCACUUCUCAGCCAACCCAAAGCACCAACCCAGCUGAUCCGGCUCAGAGCCCACUCCCUCCCUCUCCAGACCCUCCUCAGCCCGCUGCAGUGGGCCCAAACAGCCGACCACAGCCCCCUUCCCACUCUCUCCCUGGUCCACCAGCUCUUCCAUCGCUGGGCCAGGACUCUCCUCUCUCUUCAGCAUUUCCAGUCCCACCUGCUCUCAGCUCUGCUCAGCCCCACGGCUUGUCAAGUCAAGCCUCCCAGCGACCACCGCCUUUCUUUAGAGAGUCCCAGCUCCCACAGCCACCCCUCGCCGGCCCACAAAUCAAACCACCCCCCACCACUCCAAUUUCACCCUCACAAAAACAGAUGCCACACCAGUCUGCUACACCUUUCCCACAGAUGCCCUCCAAUCUGCCCCCUCCCCCUGCUCUAAAGCCCCUUAAUUCUCUGCCAAACCAGCAUCCCCCUGGUGCCCCACCUCCCCCUCUUCAGCUCAUGCCGCAGCCUUUACCGAUGCCGCCACUUCCCACCCAACUGCCGGUCAUUUCUCAGGUGCAGACCCACCCUGGGAAAACCAUGACUUCUUCUCACCCUCCUGCUGCAGCCUCCCACCCAAUCACUUCUGUCACUCCGUCUACAAUCGGGCCGAUCCCGAGCCUCCAACCGUCGAUUCCUCCUCUUCCUCCGAGACCCUCGCCAAGCACAAUCACAGGGGGGUCGCAAAUUCAGAUUAAAGAGGAGCCAGUGGAUGAGAUUGAGGAGGCCGAGAGCCCGCCAUCUCCACCACGGAGCCCCUCACCUGAGCCGACCGUCAUCAAUAUGGCGAGUCAUGCCAGCCAGUCAGCACGGUAUGUCUGGAAACACUUUUUCUGAAAAGAUCCCUAAUUUAAAAAAAUAUAUAUAUAACGCCUGACCUUAUGUCUCUUGUUUUGUUGUAUAAGAUUGAUCAUAGUGAUUCCAGAUUAAGAGCAUGGAAGUAACUUAACAUGUGCUCACACAAGCAAACAUUUCUUCUUCUCAAAUCCCCCCACUUGAAGCCAGCGAUAACUGUCUUUUUUUGGACAAUAAAGGCCUCUGCUUGUAGGUAAUUUUUAGUCUUACAACCUCUAAAAAUACUUGGCUAGUAGCUCAAUUUUCCAUCUCAAGUCUUAGGGCCAAAAACAACAAAUUGAGAUUUAAGCCGUUAAUUUACGAGAAGUCAUGACUAAUAAGAAUAAAGUCAUAAUAAAGUAAUUACUUAAGAGAAUAAAGUCGUAAAAAACUCAUGAUAAUGUGGUGCUGAUGUGCUGAAAAAUGAAGUGUCUCCUUGUUUGAGAAUCCGACAUUGAAGUACAUUUUCAUGAAAUGCUCCAUGGCACUACGACUUUAUUCUUGUUAGUAAUGACUUUAUUCUCGUAAAUUAACAAUUUUAAUCUCAAAGCCCAAAUAUGCCAUCAUAAUAUUUACAUAGGAUUUACUGUUAAAAAAAAACUGUAAAAGUUGUUUUGAGAUCUAUUGAAUUGAACAAAAAUCACCAAACAGACCCCUGGGAAAUGAACUGAGACAGUCGAGCCUGAUUGAAUGGUUGUAAAUCUCACUGACUGCUUCUGAUUUUAAGAAACAAAUCCACUGUACAGAACCAGCAUGUCUGAAAAACAUGUACUGUAAAAGCUCUAAACCAGCUCUUUAUACUAUCACACGCUCAUUUUACCCAGCAGCCUCAGCUCACUGGCUUUUUUUCUUUUUAAGAAAUGUUUUGACAUUUAGGGAUUAGUGUCACCAAGCAAAGGUAAAGCUGAAAAUCUUCAGCAGUUUAUUUGGACGGGAGAAAACAGCAACAGCACGGCUGAGUUUCUCUACAAGUCAACAACAUUUAAACAUUAGACUAGUGUGAAUGUUGUAACUUUUUAAUUACAGCACACCACAGUUGUAGUUUCAGAGAUCUAUGCAGCAGUGACUCUGUCAUUAUGAGUCCUGAAUCUGUGUCACAGCUCUUUAAACCAGUCUGACAUCCUCUCCAUGAUUCUGUCAUCACAACAGUUUUAUAGGUACACUGCUCCUAAUGCUGCCAUCAGUCUGCCAGUAUGUUUUGGAUCGUAAUUAGGUGAUUCACAUCCUUUACUUUAACUGUGGACUUGCUCAUAAACGCCGUGAAUCAGUUCCCACAUCUUAGUCGUAAAGUUGGCGUUGGGUGUGAACUCCUUCAAGUCAUCAAAGUGUCACGAACAAUCAAGGACACAUUAACACUGACAUCCUGUUUCAACACCCACAUACUUUAUGCUUCACACACGAUACGCAAAACCUUUUUGUAAUCACCUUUUAUUGGUAUGUGUUACGUUUUAUAAUCAUACUGGCAUCUUUUAUUGGUUUCAGGUUUAUCAAACACUUGGAUCGUGGUUACAACUCCUGUGCGAGAACAGAUCUGUUCUUCACGCCGCUUUCAUCCUCCAAGCUGGCCAGGAAGAGGGAGGAAGCUGUGGAAAAGUCCCGGAGGGAAGCGGAGCUCAACGCUAGACAAGAACGCGAACGAGAGAAAGACAGAGAAAGAGAGAGAGAACGGGAGGCUGAUAGAAAUGCUGUGAGUGCAAAAUAUUCUUCGUUCCUCUCUUACACAUGCUCUCUGCUACAAAGUAAGUCUGAGUGAUUGUGACUCUUUAUCUUUGCCGACAGAGAGCCUCCAGCUCCUCCCACGACAGUCGGAUGAGUGAGGCUCAGAUGGCAGCUCAGGGACAUGGACGUCCCUCCUUCGAGCAGCCACCCACCACUGUAGCUGCCGUUCCUCCUUACAUAGGCCCCGAUACUCCGGCACUUCGCACUCUGAGUGAAUACGCCCGACCACAUGUUAUGUCCCCCACUAACCGCAACCACCCUUUCUAUGUGUCACUGAGCCCUGGGGACCCUUUGCUGGCCUACCACAUGCCCGGGCUGUACAGUGCUGAGCCCAGCCUCCGAGAGCGUGAACUGAGGAACCUCAGGGAGAGGGAGCUCCGUGAAAGGAUGAAGCCUGGCUUUGAGAUGAAGCCCCCUGACCUCGAAACUUUACACCCCUCCGCCAACCCAAUGGAGCACUUUGCCAGACACGGGGCAAUCGGUCUUCCCCACAUUCCUGGGCCUCCCCACCCCUUUGCACCUUUCCAUCCCGGAUUGAACCACUUGGAGAGAGAGAGGAUGGCGCUGGCAGGACCUCAGCUGCGUCCGGAGCUGAGUUAUGCAGAGCGACUAACCGCAGAACGACUUCAUGCAGAGAGGAUGGCGUCUGUGGCGACUGACCCUGCUGCCAGACUGCAGAUGCUCAAUGUGACUCCACAUCAUCACCAACACUCUCACAUCCACUCCCAUCUCCACCUGCACCAGCAGGACCCCCUCGGUCAAGGUGAGGAUGGCGUCAUUCACUACAAGUGUGAAGUCAGGAAGUCAAAGAUGAUGUGGGUUUUUUUUUUUGGUGCUAAAUUUAGAUCAUUUCUAUUUUGACCCAGGUUCAAGUCCUCAUCCUCUCGUGGACCCUCUGGCAACAGGACCGCGUUUGGCCCGAUUUCCUUUCCCUGGUGGUCCGAUCCCUAAUCCUCUACUCAGUGAUCUCCCUCAUGAUCAUGAGAUGCUUCGCCACCCUCUAUUUGGUGUGUAUACUGACCUUUUCCUGUUCUUCGGAGCCUAUCUGCUCCUAUUUUAGUUUCUGCAUACUCUUUUAACAUACAUACUGGAACAUAGUAAUAUAUUUGAUUCAUCAUUAUUUGCACUCGUCACCAUUGCACUAUUGUCCUACAUGCACUAAAGUUGCAAGUUGCAAGACAUACGUAAGUCAUACGGGGUGGCGGGAAAUGGGCCAGCACUGUUUCCGGGGCUGGUAGAGAUGCUUAAGCUAGCAUCCACAAGAGAAUGUGCAACAUCUGCGUCUCCACGUACUGUCUUUUUGAAAAAAGCAGAUAUUUUCAGUUGGGAUACUGAAUGUUCGGAGACAGUUUGGUGCACCAUGACCAAUUUUUUAAAUGGUUUUGUUGGCAGCAAACAUGAUGGUAAGGGGCCAAAACCCCGGGUUGUCAAAACUAUCCUGUGCAAAACUGGCAGGGUAUAAGCGGCAAGCGCUCACGACCAGAAUACCAUAAUCAGAUUUUAAAUAGGCAUAUUUUUUUCAUAAAAGAAUAAAAGUGACAGUUUCAAAUUUUGAUUUUGUGGUAGUUAUUUUAACAAAAUACAGGCUUUAAAUUAUUUGCAAAACAUCAAAAUCUGUUUGGAUCAACUUUUUACACAGUAGAGUGUCGUGUUUACAGUUUUAUUAUUUCACACAGAAAGCAAAGUUUACCAAAGUCUCACUCACACCAAUAAAGCUGAUUUUGAUUCUGAUGGCUGUGUUUUUCGUCAGGAGCAGCAUAUCCGCGUGAGCUCCAGGGUCCGAUUCCUCAGAUGUCAGCUGCCCACCAGCUCCAGGCCAUGCAUGCUCAAUCUGCAGAACUGCAGAGGAUGGCCAUGGAGCAGCAGUGGCUGCAUGGACAUCACCUGCAUGGAGGCCCCUUACCAAGUCAGGAAGAUUAUUACAGGUGAGCUUUUUUAAAUAUCCUGGCAAGUGAAAAGACUGAAACACUUACUGGAGAAAUUAAAUGUAUUUGAACAAAUAUAUACAUUAAAAAAUCAGUGUAUUGUUAUCGUAGGUGUGCUGCUUAUUCCAAAAUCAUAAAUCAUAACACAGUUUACACAGUCCACACUGUUUACUGUAUUUUUCAUGGCCACAUGCAGUCAGUGUUAAUGUGUCUUUGGGUCUUCUCCACAGUCGUCUGAAGAAGGAAGGUGACAAGCCAUCUUGAGUCUCAGGUGGUGCAUGCCCUGAAAACCCCUAUAUUCAUACUCAAUACAAUACUGUGUACUUCUAAGACCAUAAGAGAAUAAUGUUGUCUGUUUAUUGUUUUAAUAUAUUUUAGAAGAAAACUUGUGGAUCUGUAUGUGCAUUCCUUGUUAAGCACUUAAUGGACUGUCAAAGUUUGUCUGGGAUUUUCGUAUCGACUAAGACUUUCUACCAGUUUUAUUAACAAAGUAAUGACAAAUCUCAUCCAUCUAUGUUAAGAUGUUAGUUACAGUUUUUCUCUAACAACCCGUUCAACUGUUUCAUACGCAGUGGGAAAAAUUUGCUAAAAUACACUCUUGUAAAGGAUAUGAAGACAGACAGACUUUGGUGUUAACGUUUGAAUAUCCCUAUGAUUUCUAAAUGAUUUUCCUUGUACAGAAUGACAUUUAAAUCAGUGUUUGAAUGAUUGUAACGACCUAGCAUGACUCAGUCUUCAUUUUUCACCUAACUAGCGUAGCAAGUUGCAUUGUGGUGUUUAGACUUCGGAAGCAUAGUAGAGGUUGGUUUAAAUCUUUAAUCUGCUAAAUAUUUGUUUAAAACCUAAAGUUUUAUAUAUCAAGAUAUCUUUCCACAAUAUAACCUAAGCUUUUAUUCGCUCAUUUUUGAGACUGUAAAUACUACAUGUUCACAAUACUCUAUAUGAAUAAGUACUAUUGAUUUAGCAGUAGAAGUUAACACUUGACCCCUGAUUCAGCGAGAUAGCAUUAAAUCAUAAGCUAAAAAAUACACAUGGUAUUAUAAGUUAAGAAAACUCUAAUUGGACUAUGAUCCGUAACGAUAUGGAUUUUUUUAUUUUGCAUUGUUUUAAUGUGGUCACUGAAUUGGAGUUAAACUAAAUUUUAGCAUUUUAAUGGAGAACUUUUUUUAAAAAAACGGCUUCUAAAUUUAAUAUUUAUGUGACAAUAUGAAAGUGUAAUCGUUGCAUAUUUAUUAUUUCAAUAAAUAUUUCUGCAAUGACACCCGAUUCUCUUUGCACUUGCAGUUCCUCUAACAGAAGGGAAAACAGUCAUUUUUACACAUUUUACACUUACCUGCCAGUUUAUGAGGUACGCCAGGCACUAAUGCAGUCUGAAACAAGAGAUUAACACAACAAAUCCUCUCUUUAUGGAAUGAAAACAGAACUUAGUGUGACCGUCACACAGAGAGGUUCUGUUGUUGAGCUUCUCUCACUGUUGGUAAAAGUUAUCUAAAGCAGUUUAAGCAGUAACUGAACAAGACAGCUUUUUUGGAGGUUUUAUUCAUUCUUGGGCUGUUUUAACGGACUGCGGGGUAUAGAAAAUAAACUUUCAACUGUGUCCAGAUACUUUAAAGACAAAAAAGUAAUCCUUUGUUUUUGAACACACCAAUUGAGACAAGCAGGAGUGUGGUGUAUUGAUUCCUUUAUUGAGUGACAUCAUUUACUGCAUAUGUUAAAACUAUAUUUACACAGUCAUGUUUGACUAAAACUAUAAGGUAGUUCAUUAACAGUGACAACAAUAUAUAAAUUGUGGUUAAAACACUGAAAGAAAA